CUUCAGGCCAUGCUCCUCGGAGACUCUGGUGUGGGGAUAACCUGCUUCCUUAUCCAGUUCAGAGACGGUGCAUUUCUCUCAGGAGCCUUUCUGGCCACAGUUGGCAUUGACUUCAGGAUGAGAAUUGUUACCUUGUAUGGACUAAACGUGAAAUUACAGAUCUGGGAUACAGCUGGACAGGAGACGCAUGCUUACUACAGGGAUGCACAGGCCCUGCUCUUGCUUUAUGAUAUAACAAACAAAACAUCAUUUGACAACAUUCAGGCCUGGCUCACGGAUAUUUAUGACUAUGCACAAAAGGAUGUGGUCAUCAUUCUGCUUGGCAACAAGGUAAGUACCACUUCCUCACGGGUCAUAAGGACUGAGGAUGGGGAGUCUCUGGCAAAGGAGUAUGGUGUGCCCUUCAUGGAGACGAGUGCCAAGACUGGUGUCAAAGUCGAGCUGGCAUUUUUAGCUGUGGCAAGGGAGCUAAAGGAGAGGACUUCAGUGCGGGAGGAACGUUCAUUUCAGAUCCAUAGUUACAUUGAUUCCCAGAAGAAGACAGGCAACUGCUGUGCCAAUUGACUUGGUGGGGUGGAUUCUAUACAGCAACGCCCUUUCCCUCAAUACCAGCACUUUAAGAUCUGGAACAAAGGAGACACCCCUGUAAUAUGCUAAUCACAACCCAUUACAUGAAUGCAAGUCCCACAACAGGCUCUGCCAAACUCUUGAAUAAAAAGGGAACCCUAUAAUCAGGAUGAAGAGACGGACGCCAUUCCACAAAUGAUAAGAAACAAUCCAUAACCAUGAAACAUGCUGAUACCAUAAGCAAACAUGUGCAUCCAUCUUUAGGAAAACAACCCUUUGCACUUUAUUGAAGAAAAUAUGUACCAAGAAGACUUUUAUGACCCUGGUCUGUGCUGUUCUCAUGUUACCAUCACAAACAGUAGCAUUUGUAUAAGUGUCAUGUUACCCAUCACCCCUUUUUUCUGUGCCAAGGUGCCCGGCAGGCAUAGGUUUACAUUUUGUAGUUUAAAGGGGCAGUUCCUGUUGCCCUUGGAUAUGAUUUUAGCAAAUGCUCCUAAGAUAUUGGCACUAACUUUGGGGGAUCUGGAAACAAGAAAUUUCUUUGUGAUGUUUUUUUUAUAACACCAUAAAUAAAUACGAGAUGCCAUAAAAUGUACACGCCAAUAUACUGAGAGUGAUUCUCACCCUCACAUGCAGACUUCCUGGCUGUGUGAUCGAUAUGUGGUUACUUCCACAUAAAGUAAUUCUAAUUCUAAUUCUGUUUUAAUAUUGAUGGUCAUGUAUUAUGUUUGUUUUUAAUUAUCUCACACUGUUUACCUUUUGAGUUUGAUAUUUAAACUACUGUCAGGUUGCUAGACUCCCUGUCCCUGGCAACCAGGCAUUUGUGCAAUUGUCAAAAUAAAAGAUAAACAAGA